UUGUUGAAUUCAAACACCUUCAGCAUGAUUGGAGAUGAUGCGUUCAAUGGUUUAUCUCAUCUCCAGUACCUAUUCAUAGAGAACAACAACAUCCAAUCACUCUCCAAAUACACAUUCCGAGGCCUCAAGUCUCUCAACCAUCUAUCACUGGGAAACAACAAUCUGCUAACUCUUCCCAGAGACAUCUUCAUGGAUCUUCAUGUCUUGACACAUUUGGAUCUCCGUGGGAAUGCUUUCCAUUGUGACUGUAAAGUGAAAUGGCUGAUAGAAUGGCUACAGGUGACCAACACGUCAGUCCCUCCAGUGCACUGCACCAGCCCGAGCAAGUAUCACAAUGUCGUGGUCAACUAUCUGCCAAUCAGGGACUUUGACUGCGUCAGGACAGAAUUCAGCGUUUAUGAAACCCUGCCCUUCCAGGCUGUCUCUGUUGAGUCCUUUGUGUAUGCUGAUGACCUCUUUGUAACAUUUGCCCAGGCUAAUAAUGGGAACUGCACGUUCUUCAUGUGGGAUCAUGUUGAAAUGGUCUUCAGGACAUCGGAGAACAUAUCUGCUCACGCCGCUGUGUACUGUAAGCCGCUGGUGAUCGAGGGGCAGCUGUAUGUUGUCUUGGCGCAGUUGUUCCGAGGAUCCCACAUCUACCGGUGGGACAGCUACGGGGGCACGUUUGUCAAGAUCCAGGACAUUGACACCGCCAAGAUCCGCAAGCCCAACGACAUCGAGAGCUUCGUUAUUGAUGGGGAGUGGUACUUUGUGAUCGUGGACAGUUCGAAGGCCGGCUCCACCACCGUUUACAAGUGGAACAAAGUGGGGUUUUACUCUCACCACUCCCUCCACCCCUGGCAUCGGGACACAGACGCCGAAUACAUCGAGACAGACAACAAGCCCAAGCUGAUCCUUACCAGCAGCACUCAAACGCCGGUCGUCUACCAGUGGAACAAGGCGCAGCGGCGGUUCACCUAUCUCACCGAAAUCCCCGACAUGUUGGACGUGCACACCGUGAAACAUUUCCAGCUCCAGAAGGCCGUGUACCUCUGCCUGGUCCGUUUCAUCGGCGACUCCAAGCUGGUGAGGUGGGAGGGCCAGCGCUUCACUGAGAUCCAGGCCCUGCCCUCAAGGGGCUCCAUGAUCGCUGAGCCCUUCCGCGUGGCACACUGGCAGUACAUGGUGCUGGGAAGCGAUUUCUCCUUUUCUCACGUCUAUCUCUGGGAUGCCGAGAAGCGGGUCUUCAGCCGCUUCGAGGACUGGAGUGUGCGGGCGGCCCGGCGUUUUCAGAUGGUGUCCAUCGAUGGCAUGCACUUGGUGCUGGCUCCCAGCUUCAAAGGGAACACCAUCAUCUACAGGCACAUGGUGAUCGACACCAGCGCUUAGUGGCGUCACGCAACAGAGUGGCAGGGCCACCCGUUCGAUUGCGACCUUUCCUGGAGAGACAUCCCUCAGCUUCCCGCACUAAUAUGACUUGCAUUAGAUGUCGAUUAGUCCUUACUUAAUCCAAGACUUAGCAAGGCUAAUCAAGUUUGCAAUGAAGCCCCUUCAUAGGAAAAGCAAAUGGUCAGAAUUUACAGAAUCCCGACAGUUCAGGAAGAGUCAAACCUCUAGUGGGCCGUCGGUCGCCUUCUAAUACUCACAUGCUUCACCUCUGGCGCUGAAUUU